GAGGCGUAUUGCAUGAUGCAUUUUGGCGCUUGAUAGUUGUUGCUCCGAACGAUCUUGAUCAAUGCCAAUGGCUGCCCGACCACCACCAGCACGACCGCAUAUCGGCAUCAACCCUGCAAACCGUUUCUCUUCGUAUUCUGUCGCUGAGUGGGUAGAUGACGAUGCCUGGGAUAGUGGUUCCGACUCAGAAUCUCCAACCAAGACAGCAUGGAAGCGACAGGCAUCUACUUCCACAGCUCCGAAAGCUGUGCCCAGAACGGCGCAAAAUAACUCUUCAUCCUCGACCCUUGCGUCGUCUUAUACCCAUCUUCACGCACCAAGCCCUAGCUCAUAUCCCCCAAAAUUCGAAGUGCAACCCCCUCGAAACGGCUGGACUAUUGUGAACAAACAAGGCGGCAACCGUCGAAAUUCCGAAGUCCAUCACGACACAGAGAGUAUUCAAGAAGAAGCUGCUGAUGUCGAGCUGGAAGGCGACAUGGUAGUUGGUGAACUGGAUCCUGAAGAUCCAGAGGAUGUUGCAGCGCCCCUUACCGUUAGUGGUAAACCAAAGCCCGACAAGAGCGCCAUACGAGAGGAUGUGGAUGAGAUUGUGAAUGAUCCUUUGCACCUCGCGCGGCGGUCCCCGAAACGACGACGAAGUAGUCGAAGCCAGUAUGAUUCUUCUGUACAUGAAGGCUCUGAGAAGCUUAUACGAGAACGCUCAAUCAAAUCGAAUCGACGCGACAAGUUCAUCCAGUGUAUAAUUCAUGACGAUGUUGACAUGGCCCAACUUCGGAAGCUCGCUUGGAAUGGCGUACCGAGCGAUCUACGAGCAGUUGCUUGGCCGUUACUUCUUGGUUACCUGCCCCUGCCCGCGUCUUCUCGUGCACCUACGCUGGUCAGAAAACGCCAAGAAUACCUUUCGCUAGUUGAGCUCGCGUUUGCACGAAAUCGCGAAGGGCUAGAUCAGCAAAUAUGGCACCAAAUCGAGAUCGACGUUCCAAGAACAAGACCCGGUGUCAAGCUGUGGAUGCAUGGAUCUACUCAGAGGAGCCUAGAACGUAUUUUAUAUGUGUGGGCGAUACGCCAUCCUGCUAGUGGGUAUGUCCAAGGCAUCAAUGAUCUGGUCACUCCAUUCUUCCAAGUUUUCUUAUCCGCCUACAUUGAUUCCGACCCUGAGGAGUUCGAUCCGUCGUUGUUACCGGAGAAUGUCCUAAACGCCAUUGAAGCGGACUCAUUCUGGUGUCUCUCGAGACUAUUGGACGGUAUCCAGGACAAUUACAUCGCUACCCAACCUGGUAUUCAUAGAAGUGUGAAACGAAUGGCGGAGUUGGUUGCUCGAAUUGAUCCUCCGCUCUCAGCGCAUUUAGAGUCCGAGAACGUCGAGUUCAUGCAGUUCGCUUUCCGAUGGAUGAACUGUCUUCUCAUGCGUGAGAUCAGUGUCGAGAACACCAUUCGCAUGUGGGACACGUAUCUUGCGGAAGGUCCCGAUGCAUUCUCACAGUUUCAUCUUUACGUCUGCUCAGCAUUUCUUGUGAAAUGGAGCAAAAAGCUUCGAGAAAUGGAUUUCCAGGGCAUCAUCAUGUUCUUACAGUCGCUACCAACCCAAGGUUGGGGAGACCAUGAGAUUGAGCUUUUACUGAGCGAAGCCUUCGUUCAUUAUUCCACUUGGCAUAACGCACAAAGCCAUUUCGGCAAGUAGAAUCACGCAUUUUUAGACCAGGUCUUUGGAGUAUAUCAUUUCCGUAUGACGGACAUGUGUAGUAAUAUCGAUGGAAAAGGGUUUAUCUAUCGUCAUCACUCAUGAUGCAACGAAGAUAUUGAAGGCUAGCUGUAUG